CUCCACAAGAUACCCGGAAGUUAAAAACAAGAAAUUUAGUGUCUUUCGUGUCUCUGUUCAGUCAAAGAGAAAGACAGAUAUCUUUCUGGAUAAAGCUGAUUUCAACCACUGUGUCCCCCGACAGCUUGGAUAAGUUUAAGACAUGGCUGCUCUACAAACUUUACUCGUGCCUCUCUUUGCGCUGUUUAUUGCACAAUUCUUGUGUGAUGCGACAGAGAUUCAGAAUAAUGCUACUACUACUGCAGUGAAUGAUAUUACCACUACUAAUAAUACAGAAAAUGAUGAUAUGACUAAUUCAACAAUUGUAACAACAACAACAACAUUAACAACAACGAAACCUUCAUCGAAAACAUCAAAGUCUUCAUCAACGUCGACAUCAACUACUACUGUUCCACCAACAAUAACAACACCGGCAGUUCCAAGCGCUACAACACCAACUUCACCAAAAACCCAAGAGCCAAAGACAGCAAUAAGCGAAGAUGAACUUAUCUCAACCCCUAAAACACCUACAGCAGCAGUGACAUGUAAUAAGACCACUUCUCUUCUCUCAGAGAGUCAGAAAUUUACAACGCUGAUGGUCUUCUUCGGACUGCCCAUCGGUUUGCUGUUAGUUCUGGUAGGAACACUAAGUGUGGCCCUCCUGUUGGUGACCAGGAAAAGGAUGAAGCUAAGAAAGGACGAAGAAAAGGGAGAAGGUAUUGAAGAAAAGAAAAAAGAAGAGAAUGAAAAAGCUAAAACUGAAGAAACAGAGAAAAAAGAUGAACCUGUUCAAGAGAAGGAAGGUUCCGAUGUUAAAGAAGCAGAGGAAAAAGAUAAUAAAAACGUUAACGAAGGCGCAGACCAAGACUCUGGUCAAGCGGCAGACGACAAGUCCAGUGAAGCUGCAAAGGAUGAAUCAAAGAAGUCAGAGAAAGAAGAAACAGUGGAUCAAGAACAGAAGCAGAGCUCUGAACAAACGACAGCGGAGAGCAAACAAACAUCUGAAGAAAAAGGAGACAACGAAGUGUCUCAAGUCAAAGAGGGGAGCAAACUAACCGCAACAGUAGAGGUUUCCGAUUCAAAAAUAUCAGGACAAGAAAAAACAGAGGCGGUCCAAAAUGAAAAUAAGAUUAGCGAUGAUAAAAGUCAGGAAAAAUCAGAAAAGGAAAAGAUAACCGAGGAAAAAAUAACAAAGGAGGGUGGAACUGGAGAAAACCCAGAAAACGAUGAUUUCAAUGCGUCGUUAGAUAUCCUUUCCUCUUUUAUGAAGGAAACCGAGAAUCUUAUGCACGACAAAUCAGAUGAAAAUGAAAAACGGGAGGAUGAAAGUCUGAAAGAAAAUAUUGUCAAGCAAAGCGAUUCUACCGAGAUUAAUGAUGAUGAGAAGAAAGAUGAUAAAUCUUCGCUGGAUGAUCAAGUCAACUUAAGUCAAGUCACUUCUAAAACGAUUAAUACAGACAGAAAUAGUCAAGGAAAAGAAAAUGCUUCCACGCAAGAAGAAAAGUCAAGUAAACCAGCCAGCGACGAAGAGAGAGAAGAAGACAAAGAGAAAACUGAGAACAAAACAAAUGCAAUCGCCGAGCCAGAUGAAUCACAGCAGGAGACGUUGCAGAAUGAAGAUGACACUGACCUUCCUUUACCGCCCCCACCAGAGGACAACUUGAAUGAAGAUAUGACGAACGACAUUUCUGGAGAGUCGACCGAGAUAAGUUUGCCACAGCCUCCUCGGAAUUCUAGUUCUUCCAGCGAAUCUGAAGAUUCUUAACAAGUUUUCCAAAUGCAAAUGUUUAUAUAUAAUUAAUUCGUAAAACAUAUGCAAGCGGCAUACGUAGAUUAUGUAUUUGUGUAUAAAUAUUUUGUUUCCGAUGUGUUUUAGGUUUUUUGCGUCUUGGAAAUGUUGAGCUAGAAACAUUCAUGUAUUGAAUACUACUUUAUUCCUUGAAUUUACAAAAUAUUUUUAUUUUUAUGCUUUGGUUUUAUUUCUUGAAACUUUGUAGUUACUCAAGUUCUUUCAAUAUUUCAUCUCUAUAAUUAUUUUUCUUUUGACAAAUUACCCUGCAUGUAAGUUUGCCCCCGAGUGUACUCCCUUAAUACAUGUUAUAUAUUCUGUAGUUGUUGUAAAUAAAUAGUUACCUUCCAAGUAUUA